AUGGAGGCUCAAUUCGCCUGCGCUGAUCUGUCGUCGAUCACGGAUGAGGAUCUGCUGCGUAAAAUGUGGCAACAGGCGGAGGACUUUUCCCGCAAGAAAGAAAUCCGUGCGUAUAUGUACAAGUUGCGCGAGCAACGGCUGAAGGAAUUUUACACCAGCAACGAUAGCAGCCCACCGUACUUCCUGAUGGAUAAUGCUAGCGCGACGUUCGGGUUGAAGAAGAGCACAGUUACGGGAAGUCAUGGAGAUUCACUCGUUGACCAAAGCUUCGAGAGCUUCAAAACUAAGGAAAUCCGUGACUCGGAAAGCCCAACCAGAUUCGGCAAUAUGGCAAUACCCUCAGAUAAUAGCGGAUGGCAGAUCAGAACAUCCGAAGAAGUAAGCGAAGAUGGUAAAACGCAUACGAUGCGUACUACUGCUACGACUCAAGGAAUCAAGGAAAUUGACGGAGGGCGUACAGCGUUCGCAGGCAAGAAUCUGGAAUCACAUAGCGAGCAUUACGAUGGAGAUGAAUCCAACUUUGUGCACAGCAAGGGUGACCAGUCGACCACUGUGCUGGUGGAGGAUAGCGUUACUGAGGACGAGAAUGGGCGUAGCGUGUCGGGAUCGACCCAUUCGACCACAACGUCUGUCAGUAGAACGCGCGUUGUGCAUCAACAGCAAAACGGAGAUUCUGAGCGUCCUAGUAAAUCGGUAGCUGAUGCUGCUGGCCUAUCAUCAGCUACUACGGUCGAUUUUGGUGAUGAUCACUUCAGUUCCUCUCAAAAACGUACCGUAACGAGUUCAACUUCCUCCAGCGUGCUAGGUAACAGCGCCUCUACCAAGAAUACCGAGCAUAGCACUACUAACCGAAUGGAUAAGCAGACGAUGUCUGGUAAAGUAGAGGAUGAACGCAUGGCACCCAAGGAAUUGUCCAAGGAUCCGGAGCGGGUGCGUGAAGCGUUUCGCUUGGCACAGGGGUCGGGCAAGAUCAUAGAACGGGAAGAAACAAUGGUCAAUACGACGACGAAGAUGAUUACCGAGACGAAACGAUUGGAUGAUGGUACGACGGUAACGACACGUACGUACGAAAAAAUUGGUCAUGAACCAACGUCCGCGAACGACAAGCUAGAGCAGGAAACCCUGUCGUCGACAACUAAAAGACAACAAGAAGCCGUUGGUCGUUCGGGCCGCAUGGACGAUAGCAGUGCUACGAACGACUUUAUUCGUCAAGAGAAGGCAAACCAAUCGUCAACAUCAACAACAACAAAGACCAGCUCACAACGCAUCAUGGUGGAAGUAGAUGCGGCUCACGAUUCUUUUGCUCGCUCAUUGCGCUCCGUUUCACCGACCGGAAGUAUACGCUCAGUGCGCUCAAAUGCAACUCUGCCGGGCCGUGCGAGCACUAGCCCAGAGAAAACUCAACCAUUGCGCACUGACUUGGACACCAAACCCGACUACAUGCGCUCCACGUUCACAUCGGAGCGCAAAGUGUCUGGAUAUCAGGAGCAGCAAUCAUUGCCCACACAACGUUCGCCGAGCCCCCGCAAGGUCUCUGAAACUACACUGCACACUGGCUCACGCAGUACUUCCCCUACGAAAAUAACCACUGCUGCAGCAAGCACUGCUGUAGAAUACGAAAAAACAUCUCAGUGUCAGACUCACAAGACGGAAUCCGAACAAAUGGACUAUCCUGAAGUGGAUGGCGUUAAAGCGCGUAGCAGCACGAAACCACCGCUAGUGCGCAGCGAAACAUACGAGGAAAGAUGUCGUAAGAUUUUGGGUAUGUCAAACCGACCGGUGGAGGAAGAUACUAAGGGCGAAUCGAAAAGUAUUUUCAGCACUUAUGAUAAUACUGUUACGGUGCAGCAAUCGCGCUCGGAAUUGCGGGAACAACGCAAGAAAAUCGAACAAGAGAUUAAAUCGAUGGAAAGUAAAACGAUGAAAUCGAGCACUGCGCGUCACGUGACCGAUGAGCAGGACAGUGUUGUUGAAAAAGAACACGCUAGCAGCCGCAAACCAUCGUUGGUGACUAAGGAAUCAUCUACUCGUAAAUUAUCAUCUCAGCAAACUUCUCCUACACGAAAGCCUUCUCCAACACCGAAAGAAAGUUCACCUAUACGCAAGGGUUUAGCGCAAGCAGAUUCAUCACCGACAAAGGCUCCAACAAAAGAGGGUUCGCCUAGCGGUAAGGCACCUUUGCGAGAAAUUUCUCCAACGGUCAAGGAAAUGUCACCCACCAAAACUUCCUUACCAGAGGAGGAUAAUUUGACUGCCCGAAAAUCGCCAACGAAAGCUCCAUCUCCGACACGAGUCUCACCAACGAAAGAUUCCUCACCAACACGACAUUCAUCGGCUGUGAUCGAUGUCUCAUCAAAACUCAAAUCAUCACAAACGGAAACUACAACUGUGCGAACGUCUCCGACAAAAGAAACAUCUCCAACACGAAAGCCGGCACGCGAUGUUUCGCCGCUAAAGAAUGAACGAGUUGCAUCGCCGAAAAAACCGUUUCCUGAAACAACGACCAAGAGCAAAGCAACUAUAUUGGUGGAGCAAAAGCAGGACGGGCGUAACAUAUCCGUCGCUGAAAUUACCAUCCUUCCCGUUAUGGAGGUUUCAGAGAAUGUGCGAACCAAGACCACUACAUCUCGCACUCACGAAAAGAUAUUAACUAAGCAAUCGUCGGACACAAAGUUUGAUCGCCGUUCGACUAUGGCUGCUAACAGUCGCGUUAUCACUAACAAAAGCUCAUCAGACUUUGACGUAAAACGGCGUGCGGCAGAGUUAGCCACCCAGAGCAAAACACGUUCUACGGCUACUAGCCCAGAUAAACGGCGGCCAACGUCAGGUGUAGAGAAGCCUGCUCCAGUGAAACAGAACCACAUAACAGUUGCAAAAAUUAAAAUUGAAUCCAUGCGCAAACCGAACGCGCAAACAAAAUCGACGCAUGCAACAAACGAAGAGACAACCUCAGUUAGAAGCAGUACCAAGCGUACCAGCGAGCAAGUGAUUGUAUCGAAGCGACCAGUGGAACCGGACACUGAUCCCGAAUCCAGCAAGGAUACCGGCAUUUCAGACAACAGCGAAGUGGAAGAAACGGUAGAGAGUGUAAUCGAGAUGAAUGUUACGGGAACGUCGUGUUGCCGUCAUACGGACCGUAAGGAUUCUGCCCCGGUGUAUAGAACAACUGCUGUCACACGCACGGGUAAAAACUACUCGCGUUCGUCCAGCGACAACCAUCUGCGAGCAACAAACGCUUCAGCCAAUCGUCAGACAACGAAUCAAACCACGCUGACAUCAAAAUCUACCGUCUCAGACCGUUCAGCUAAUGGUGGACGUAAGGCGGAUCGACCGGUCAAGCAUGUUGCUACGAAAACUAUAAAUCUUGCUUCGAAAGCGGUGAGUGAUGUUAAUGCUCUCAGCACUACUUGUUCCAGUACACUCGGUUCGGAUCAUCUGGAUAACGUGGUAAUUGACAUCCAGCUGGCCAAAUCAUCCCGAGAACCAACACCGAACAAACUGAUUCCGAUACCGGUCUCGCCAGACACAGAAGAUACUGGAAAGCCACGGUACCCGGACGCAGUGCUAGAGCCGGAAGACGAUACAUCGGCUAGUCGUCAGUCUCGUACACAGCGCGUGAAUAAGAUUCCCAUCUUCGAAGAGGCAACCAAUGAAUACGUGGGCUGUGAAAUAACGGAGGUGGACGAGGCAACAUCGCAGCACGCGACACGCAUUACCAACCUAGAUCGAGUGACGGAAGACGAUGAGUCGCUUCUGAGUGUAACCGAAAAGGUGAACAAAUUUGCGCAAGAAGCACGCCGACUGCAGGAAUCGUCGAAUAGUGGUAUAGCUGAGGAACGCCCACAACCAGCCAGAUUCGCAGUGCGUCCCGAGUAUGAUGACAUCGAUGAGCACCUAAAAUCGGACGAAUGUCUUCUUAGUGUGUCGGAUAAGGUGACGAAAUUUAUUUCCACAGCCGAGGAGGUAAAGAAGAUUCGCACUUCUGGACCAUUUGUCCCGGAAAAUGAGGAUGCACCGGUGAAGGUGUCCGAAGGCGAUGAAUGUUUGCUGAGUGUCAAUGAGAAGGUGAAUCGAUUCGCUAACCGUAUACAACGAACAUCGGAAAGUCGAGAGCAUGAUACCUUCAGCAGUUCCGGAGGACGUUUACAAACGUCCGUCGGUAAUGAUCAACUUCAGCAGAAAAUGGAGGAAGAAGAAGAGGAUUAUGUAGAAGAGGAGGAAAAGGUUGCCGAGAAAAAGCCACAGACUAAUAGUGUGCCGGAAUCAGUAAGCAGUAAGUUCGCCCCCCAAAAGUCACCGGAGUUGGUUAAGAACGCCAUGCGUAGUACCGCGCGUCACAUUGUGCAGGAUGCAGCCCAUGAAGAUUUGGCUCAAGCUGGUGGUUCCAGCAUUGCUAAUCGUUAUCGUACGUCCACAAUGAGCAAACAAUUUGAGAAGCAGACACCUGCUACAGUAGCACCAUGCACCAGCCCAAUCAUACUGCGCAGUACCGAAGCCGUAAAGAAGGCAAAGGAAAUCUUUGAAAAAGGGCAAACCGUGCAGGACGCUCGCCAACGCGACAUCUUAAACAGACCAUCGAUUUGGGAAGAUCGUAGAAACAAACAGAAUCAACCACAACAGCAGCAAACCGAUCAGAAACCGGCCGAUGUGAAGCUAACUGACAUCGGUGUGACUGAGCGGAAAUCUAACCAAGCGAUGCAAUCCGUAACAAAGGUGGAGCGUGUGCAGGAAUCGGAAACAACGAAGCCAGCUUCUAGCCAUGGUCGACGAGACAGUGGCAGUGGGGUACGUCCUCCGGCUUAUAUACGAGAUACAGUGUCCUCCAAGAAGGACUUGUUCGAAAAACGUAUUUCUUCUUCAAAGAUGCAGGUAGAAUACACUACACAAACGUCCCAAGAAGCUACAGAAACAUUAGCCACAACCACAACUAGAAGGCAAUCGCUGAAACAAGUAGAUACUAGCGCGCCAUCUUCAACCGGCCGACCCAUACACGCGGGGGAUCAAUCGAAGCCUUCUUACAUGAACCACACCGUUGCUUCUCUGGAGCACAUUAACGCGAAUCAGAGACGUGACUCACUCGAUCAUGGAGUACAGGCUCACCACGAAUCAACUACAACAACGGCCCGCAACAGUAUAACCGGCAGUGCCAAGUUCGGAAUUGAACUGAAGCGCGCAGAUACAAGCAAUCGAAUGACCACAAGUUCGGUGCAAUCGAACGUAACUAGUUCGAAGCGUAAAGCAAGUGCCGGAGACGGACAGCCAGCAUCCACCGUUGCAUCGUCCCCAGUCAUUGAAGAUAUAUUUGAUCUUGAAAUGCUAGAAAGAAUGCUAGAAUCGGUAACGGGUUACGAACAGCGGCGCCGUAUUCGGGCGCAAAUUCGUGUGGUAAAGAAGCAGAGAGAACAGCAACCUUCGUUCGUAAGCCUAGCGGGCAAACAAGCAACUGUCACGUCUGUCAAAAAUAGUACCACCACGCACAGUACUACUGUGACCAACGGUCGCGAAUCUAGCUCGGGCAAGCGGAAAGAUAGCAGCCCGACGCGUAGUUCAACAUCAACUGGACGUAAACAAUCGUCUACUACAACGGAUGCUACCGACACAGGCAGUAAAAGUAAUGCAAUUUUCGAAACGGACACGAUGAUCAGUAAACAGCGGCAGCAGCAUCAGCAGCAGCAGCAAAAUCAGGAACAUGAAAACGCCCGAAAUGAUAAGACGAAUGUUAUCAACUCUUCGAAAACAGCGACGGUGGUAACUGAUCGGUUGACUACAAAGACUGGAGCAACCGAUCGUCAUGCUACGACCAAGGAUGAUCGACCAAUUUGGGCCACCAGCAAUAUUUUGAAAAAAGCUUCCGAAAACACACGCACGUUUAAAAGUAGCAGUGUGACAAGUUCUUCCGCUACUACCGGCACUGGCGGCAGAAAGGUAGUAAGCUCGUCCUCCAGCUACCAGCAAGUGAAAUCGAAAACUGACCCGAAGACAACUACUGACUGCAUUACCUCUAGCUAUGGGGUUGGUCCAACGGAUGAAAAUGGUUUGCCACUGUUCGGGAUACGAGCGUUGAAGAAAAAGGCUGCACCGGUACCGGCUGCCACCGAAGAUACCAAGAUCAGUGGGACAAUCAUCACCGAGACACUGUACGCAGAAAAUGGUGGUCCGGCGGUAGGCAAACGCAGCACCACCCACUACUCGAAUGAGCCGGGCACCUUUUCGGACUUUGUACGAAGCGACGGUGGGCAUGAGAUUUUUGGCGAUGAUGGGUUAGCUUCGAAACAGAAAGGCACGGGAAAACUGAUGGCAAUCCGUAAAACGGAAACGAUAGAUGCCGCGGGAACGCACAGCGAGGAGCUGGAAGUGAUGGAUGGUUCGGAAAUGCGUUCCAAGGUUGUACGCAAGGGUUCGGUGAAAGAGUUGACCGAGCGUUUUAUACACCGUGAAUCAUCUGGCUCCUUGACACAGGAAUCGACGCGUACAUACCCGAAGGCCGGCCUGAUCCUUCGCUCAUCCGGCCAUAGUCAGUCCAGUCGCGCAUCGACACCGGCCACGGACCGUUGCUCGAUGCAAUCCGGAUCUGUGGAUGAGUUUGAGCAAGAUCAUCUGGAGGCGGGUGUAACUACGCGCGAGGCGCGUUCCUUCCUAAACGACACCUCCAAGAUUGUUGAUGUGCGCGAUGUGCUACAACGAAUGAGCAACGCAGACAACGUAACCGAGCAAGGUGAUACAGCCGAGGAUCAGGAAGCAAGAGCAUUGCUGAACAAAUUUCUUGGGGCAUCUGUUUUAAUGAGCGGCGUUGAGUCGAUGGUUUCGUCGACCGGUAGCAUGCUGUCCGAAACUGCCUCGGUACCCUUCACCACAGCCACCGCUACUAAAAAGGUGUCCAAGGUAUCUUCAACCACAACAAAGACUCAAACGGUUAAAUCGUCCGGUGCCACUCCAAGUAUUUCUCCCACGAAGCAAGCAACAGUCGACAAUCUCGACGAUAAUUGGGACGAAGCUGUUUUGAAAAAGUUGCUGGAAUCAACUACAAACUACGACGAUCGUCGAAAGAUCCGUGCCCGCAUCCGUCAAGUAAUGGCUGAAAAAGAAGCGUGCGCCGAUAUUGUCGCCAUCGUAACAGCCGAUCUACAGCGCGAGCGCCAACUGCAGCAACAAUCGACAUCGGCGACGGCUAGUACUAGUGUUACGCCCGAUCGCCCGAGCGCACCGGCGGCGACGGUUGCCAAUGGUUUAUCACAGGGUGAGUCACUCCUGUUACCCCUGCUGCAGGGCCUGUUGUUGAGCAAUGCAGCCGCAUUCGGGUACAAGGGUAACACCUUCGCCGGAAAUGCCGACGAAGCUGCUGGUGUUAGUAGUAGUGGUGGUAGUGGUGUAGCCGAUGGUUGUAGUGGUAGUCACAUUAGUAGUAGCAACAAUGGUAAACUUGGCGCAGUGGUGAUGGCCGCCUCGAAGAUUCCUCCCGUUGAAGAUUCGGGCACGGAAUCGGGUGAAGACUUGCGACUGCUGGCAGCAGCCGGGCUGCACGAUAUCGGUAACGUUCAUUCAUCGUCCGCCGCCUCUGCAGGUGCGACCAAUGGUACGACAGUCAACGGCAAUGGUGGUGUUGACGCGAUCGAUAAUGGUUUGCCUACCAUAUUGGGCGAAGUGGCGUCCGCGUUGGAUCGCUUGCAGACAAGCUUGCAGGCCGAUCCGAGCGGUCAGCCUAAGGUGAUGCAAAUCGAUGCAGAACAGCGAAGGGGACUGUUGGCCCUGAUUGCACGGCUGCAAGAGGAUUUGCAACAACCAGACAAGAUCGCGAACCUGGGGUUCGGCAAUGGUACAGCGGAUAGCGCCGGUGGGUUGGACACAAGCCAGAAUCGCAUCCGGGCCGGAAGUUCAAGGUUCAGCUCGAAACGGCGUACCAAUCGCAGCAAUCGCCACACGGUGGGCGUCAGUCGUGAGGAGCUUGCCGACGCGAGAAGAUUCAUCGAGGAGAUGGUAAUGAUGGACAGCAGACAUCAGACCGACCAGUGUGUGACGUCACCGGAAAAGGCGUAUAUGCUGCAAAAGCAACAAUCGCUCGGUACGGUGCUCAGAGCGGAACCGGAAGCGGUAGCUACUGCUGCUAGUGUUUCACAGCCACAGCCAAUGCAGAACGGUGGCAAUCCUGGGACGGCGCCAGCGACCGCCUUCGCUAUGAAGCGUCCGAGUCAAUUUGUGCCGAAAGAGAUGCAGAACGUUCAAACGUCGCUCGAUAAGCUUGUUUUGGGUGGGACGGGCGGUAAACCGGCCGCUUUGCCAUCGCCUGGAACGUCUCAGGUGCGUACAAAGUUACCCAAAGACAAGCUCCUCAUACGCCAGUCAAUUAGCGUUGAUCAGGAUCCCACAACCACUAAUGGUGUAGGUGCUGUGAGUGACAGGCAGGAUUCCGUUAGUGUGAAGCCAAUCGACUUGCACAGGCACAAGACGACUGAGCGUAUAACCAAGAACCAUCACCAGCACCAACCGGUACAACAGCAGCAGUCACUACCGCAGCCAGAUUUACCCUUUAAGAAACCGACGCAAACCAUCGCCCAACGAGCUCUGGUAAAAAAGUAUUCCUUUAACGAUGGUUCCAGCUCGGACGAGGAUGUUACCCGACAAGCACAGCGUAAGACGAGCGAAGCGACGAAAACAGCGGAGCAAAUGGUUUUACGCAACAAAAUCACACCGGCGGAACAAUCUGGCCCUACCAGCUCGAUAGUGAUCAACACCGUGCAGAAGAUUGUUAACCGCGAGACGAAACCAAAUAGCAGCGAGGUAGGCACCAAGGCUCAGAUCGUGAGCCGCCGGCAACAGCAUCUGAACGGUAACCGUGUGCCUGAGACGCACAAGGACGAUCUGAGUGCAAGACCGCUUAACAAGUAUGCCAGCAAGAAACUGCGCAUGAAGCGCGCCAACACGAUAGAUUUACCAAAGAGCUUAUCACAGAACGAUACCAGUGAUGAUGUGAACGGUGAUCCCGAUGGCAAACUUGACGGCAAACAGGAUCAGCUCGGUCGGCAGCAGAGUCAGUCCACACACGCCCUGGCAGCGGCCAGGCAAGCGGGAAUGUCAAGCAAGUAUCCUGCCGUAACGGGCCCGUUAGUACCACCAGCCGACGUGCCUGACUUUAAACCGCGCACCGAGAACGAUCUCAAGUUUAUGGCGUUUCUGCAAAAGCAAAACCAGCAGUCGCGUCAAAUUUGGUCGAAUCCAGUGCGGGAACAUGUCGGGUCGAACAAUUGGACGAACAAGUUUGAUCAUCUCAAGAGCAAUUUUGAACAAGCGGAGCGGCGCGAUCGUUCCGAGCUGCCGCCAAAAUACGGUGCAGCACCCAAGACAUCAGCUAUGAGUUUCUGGAAGCAGGCAGAGAGCGGUUCGUUCGAUGAACCUACCAAAGCUGGUUCAAUAAAGCAGCAUGCCAAGUCAGUAACUCCAUCGGGACAAUCCUCGGGCUUUAAAAGUAGCACAAAUGCUGUAGCAAGAGUGUCUUCCGCUGGUCCUACGACUACUGCAUCGCUAAGAUCGACGCAGUCGAUGAGUAAAUACGGUCCAUCAACUUCACAGUCCGUGAGCCACAAUACUUCAACCGGUAGUCCCGUCAUAGAAGCGAGGCUCGUACUUCCGAGAGCGUCUCCCGGAAGCAGCUCAAUGAACCAGUUUUCACACGCACCAGCAUCUGCCUUUAAACCAAUUCCGAAAAAGAUUCCGCCGGCCAGUCUAGAGUUCAAGCCAAUCCAGCAAGAACUGGAUAUAGUGAAGCCGAUACCAGCGCGUAUUUCUAAUGCCACCGGGCUAGUCAAGCAGAUAGUCGCCACCGGCUUUAAGGAAACGCCAGAAAUCAAGCCCGAGCCAAUCCACGUGCAGUCAGGAUUGGUACGAUCGUUGGCGGCACAAGGCUACCAAGAAACACCGUACGUGCCAUUGCCAAAGUUGGAACGUACGCCUACACAUAACGUGCUAAACUACAAGCCUCGAUCGGACGCCUCCACCAUUGCUGAGCCGGCUCCACCAGCACCGUGGGUUGGUAAACGUUCAAGCGAGGUGACAGGGCCAGCUGGUAGUCGCGUUGCUAGUAUCGCCGCCACCAAGUUCACAGCCAAUUCGUUUGGACACAACAAAACGUCACUACCGGUGCAGCAACCGCUGACAUAUCAAGGUUCUCUGAAGUACGCUGAAAAGCCCCUAACCUACCAGCAACUGUCGUCUAGCGGGACGCUACCGUACGAGAAGAGAGCGUCGUUACCAGACGUCUCGAUAUCGCAUCUGGGCACGUUUACCUUUACCGAUUACACCCAGCCAGAAUCUGUAUCCACAUUCACGCUAAAUCGUAGUGACUCUCUAACUAAUCCGGAGAAUGCACCUCUAGUACUAACGAGCACGAACUCCGUCUUUAGUCCCACUACCGGAACUGUCCAUCCAUCAGCGGAAAUACCCAACCAGCCACUAAUAAAUCAUCCGUCGCAAAUUAACUACCUAACGGUCAACGUUGAUCAGCAGCAUCAGAUGUCUCCUCACUCAUCAGCGAACGAUGAUGACGACGAGUACGACUGCGACGAUCUGGAAUCGAUCGAUUCGCAGGAAAUGCGUGUUGUAACUAAGGUCAUGCAAGCACCUCAGGGUCAACAAGCAACGUACACGGCCGCUAUGCGGCCUACUCAUCUGAAUGAUGGUUACGACGCGAGCGGCAGAGGUUCAUUAAUCGCCCAAAAUUUGCAAUCAUCCCUGAAAAAGAUCAAAGAAAAAAGCCCAACACCACCGAAGUCACGACAGCACAUUACGACGAGUAUUGGGGAACAGCUAACGGUGCCGGUCCGACGCCCGAUGGUCGCCCCAAAGUUGGAAGUUACUAAGCCGACUCCAGACCAUACACAACCGCCGGUUCCUUCGCAUGCGAUCUACAACAAUGUUCAACCACAUCCUAUGCAUCGAUACGCUGAACAACCGUUGACACGCACCAAGUCCAGUCACUCGCUAGCUGUACCGAGUGGUGCUCAACUUGCGAGACCGAUCAGCGCUGACAAGCAACGCACUGUUGAGGCGUACUUCACAGGGCAACCUACCAAUCAGGGCAGCGGAUAUAUGAUGUCCCGGACAGCCUCUAAUCAGAACCUGGUGAUGCGUGACAAGUCUGGCAUGUCAGCAACGCACAAUAACAUUCGACCAGUGUCGUACGCCAUGGGGUACAAUGGGGGCUACUACGGCAGCAAUAGCAAUCAUCCGCAGGUGGAGCAGUCACGGUCCAGCUAUGUACCGCACGGUAUGACAGCAUCGUUACAUUCACAGAAACGGCAUGGACCAAGCUACAUCGAUGAGCCACUGGUCUAUCAUCCUCAACCGCACGGUGGAGGUUUGCUGCGAAGUCGCACGAUGCCUCAUAUACCUCUCGGCAGUUUGACCCUGCUCGACGAAAACAAUGUCGAGGAUGCAUUCGAAGAGCUAAUGAAUCAAUCGUUCGCCGUCUAA